GCUCUUUAGUUUGAUGACAGACUAAUGGCUACGUUUAAGCCUUUCGUUAUACGAGCAUUCAGAACAGUUUGCGGUGUAAUUCAAUAACGCAAUCAAGAAGAAGAAAAUCCCCGGCUUUAGAUUCAUUUCGGACAUGCGCAGUGCAUUAUUCUAUCCGUUCGGAUGGUAUUAAAGCUCGUCCUUUUAAGAACAGACAUUUGGUAUGCAGACAGUUGUUAGUCAAUAGCGCGGAUUUCAGCUUGUCAAAAUUUUUCAUUUGGACUUUAACUGCCGAGUGAGGUGUUCUAUACUAACUAGAACUAACCUAAAAAUGGAUGGACUAGAGUCACCAACACAAGAAACCAAAAUGAAUCCAAAAACCAAAUCAUCUACUUUAUCUGUCAUCAAAGAAUUCUGUGACUACACUUCGAUUCAUGGCCUUGGUCGUACAGCAGGCGCAAAACAUCUUCUUCAAAAAUUUGUCUGGUUGUUGCUUUUCUUGGGUGCACUGGGAAUGGCUGUCUUUCAGCUUAGAGAGCUUUACUUGAAGUACGAGAGCCGUCCGGUCAGUACCAUUAUGAAACUAACAAACAAAGCGACUCUUCGAUUUCCAGAGGUUACAUUCUGUAAUAUCAAUCCACUUCAUGCUUCUUUGGUACAAGAAAUAACUCCUGAAUUGUACAGAGAAAUAAUGUCGACAAAAGGUGAAAAUAUGAUCGAUGAUGAACCAAUGUCGUGGCCAUCACUCAGUGGUGACGAGGACAACGAGAACAACCAAACCUCUCCUGACACAACUUCAACUCCACCACCAACAACAAGUUCUCAUCUCAACACAAGCAUUGACUCAGACGAAGACCAUGAGAAAGACGAUUUCGAAGAUCAGCCAUUGCUAAGAAAGAGAAGAAGUCAGGGUGAAAGUAACGAACAGGGAAGGUUAGGGGAAGGAAAUGACAAUGACAGCGACGACAAUGAAGAUGGUGAGGACAGUAAGAGCGAUGACGAUAACGAAGGCAAUGGAGAUGAUGACUAUUAUGAUUAUGAUGACGUUGAUGAUGAGGAUGAUUUUCCAGUGAAUCCUUCAGAACUUCUAGCAAGUCACAAAAGGCAACAACUGAUUUAUCAGUUUAUCUCGGAAAUUGGCGAAAGAGUAGGAUAUAAGAUAGGGCACCAGUUCCACGAUUCUGUUCUUGCUUGUUCCUUCAGAGGAAUGGACUGCAAGAAAAAGAUGAUCCAAUAUUGGGCAAAGUUUUGGCAUCAUAAAUAUGGCAUUUGUUAUACUUUUAAUGCAAAAGCCAAAUCCUUCAAGCCCUUAAAAUCUAACAAAGCAGGACCAUCUCACGACCAGGCAAACUACAUGUCGGAGUUCACAAGAAUGGCUGGGUACAAAAUCGUAAUCAACGAACAAGGAUUAAUGACGUUCCCAGACGAAGAAGGCAUWAAUGUUCCUCCUGGAGUGUUUGCAUCAAUUGGAAUGCGAAAGGUGCACAUCAUCCGUGCUGAUCCGUUUAACAAUAACAGCUGCUUUGACAACAAAAAGCAAUCAAACGAGGGCAUGUAGAGAGUCUUGUCUUKCUUACAAUCAACGAAAGUACUGCAACUGUUCCGAGUACAGAUUCCCUUUUACUGACAAUACCCCAGCAUGUCUCAUGUUCAACAUCACUCACGCAAAAUGCUUGAGAAACGUCAACGCCUUAUUCAAGGACAACAAACUAAACUGUUCAAAGGAAUGCACACCACCCUGCAAGGAAGACUACUACAGGUUGUCUCCAUCCUUUGCAGCUUGGCCUUCCAAAAAAUAUGAAGAAGAAAUUUUUAAAGGCAAAAAUGAAGAUUUGGACAGAAAAAUCCAUUUCAGCGAUAACUAUCUUAAAGUCAGCAUUUUCUACGAGCAACUGAACUAUGAAAUUAUCGAGGAAACGGUCUCUUAUGGGGUCAUUGACUUUGUCUCCGACGUGGGAGGUCAACUGGGCCUGUGGCUUGGUGUCUCUGUUCUCGCUGCUACUGAAGUCAUUGAGCUCAUGAUGCUCAUCGUCAUUUUCCUUUGCAAAAAGGGAGAGAAGCCAGAGAGAGGGAUGAUGAAUGAAGACAAAACCUUUUACCUGCAAGAAGAACUGAAACUAUCAAACAUUAGCAGUCGUUUGUAA